AUGAAUCACGAGAGUCAAUUUUUUUUUCGUUUAUUUAUCCAUAUAGGACAUGGAGGAAUCAAUCAACUUGGUGGAGUUUUUGUUAAUGGACGACCAUUACCAGAUAUUGUUCGUCAAUCAAUUGUUGAUCUAGCUAAACAAGGUGUACGACCAUGUGAUAUUAGUCGUCAAUUACGAGUAUCACAUGGUUGUGUAAGUAAAAUUCUUGGAAGAUACCAUGAAACAGGUUCAAUUCGACCGGGUAUUAUUGGUGGAAGUAAACCAAAAGUAGCAACACCGAAAGUUGUUGAUGCUAUAAAUAAUUAUAAAAGUCAAGCACCAACUAUGUUUGCAUGGGAAAUUCGAGAACGUCUUAUAGCUGAUGGAAUAUGUGAUGCUGAUAAAGUUCCAAGUGUUAGUUCAAUAAAUAGAAUUGUACGUAAUCGUGGUGGUUCAAAUAAUAGUUCAUCACCAACAGCUACAACAACUGAAGAUGAUAGUCGAAGUCAUCAAAUAAGUGUAUCAUCAUCAUCAUCACCAAAUGUUUAUAGUAUUCAUAGUUUACUUAAUCAUUCUCAAUAUGAAUAUUCAACAAUAAAACAACGUUCAUCAUCUCGUACAAACCAUCAUAAUGAUCUCUUGGAUCAAAAACAUUUUUCAAAUGAACAAAUCGAUUUUUUGGAUAAAUUUUUUAAAGAUAAUCCAUGGGCUGAUAAUGCACAAAUUGAAGUAAUUGUUAAACAAACAGGUCUUGCUGAAUCGAUUAUUAAAGCUUAUAUUGAUCAACGUCGUGCUAAAUGGCAUGCUAUAUAUUCAUCAAAUAAUUAUCUUAGUUAUAAUUCAAAUGAAUUUAUUCCAACAUCAAAUUCAACACAAACAUUAAUAAAAAAUGAUUUUGAUAUGACAACAGCAGCAACAUCACAAACAAAUGAACCUUUUUGUUCAUCAUCAUAUCCACCACCACCACCACCACCGCCAACAAAUUUUCCCAUACCACCUCAUCCAUCAGAUUAUUAUACAUCAUAUCCUUAUGCAACUGAUUGGCGUUAUAAAUUUUAA